GUAGAUUUAACCCUUUCGUACAUGAUUGCCGAGUCGUUAUAUAUAACAAGUUACUAGUUUGUCGCGGGCGGUAACACUCCAUAACUCCAUUUUCUAUGGCGACGCAGCUGAUAUUUGUGUUGACCUUUGCUGCCAUUUUUCUAGGACCGAUUUCAGCGUUGCGCGUGGAACGUUGUCAGCAGGAAGGCGAGGGAUGCGCGCGUAAUGUAUCAAGUAUACCACCAUGCUGUCCGAAUGCUGUUUGUCAAUAUACCGAUCCAACAUUCGGAUUCUGUCGUGCAAAACAAGGAAGCAACGGGUCACCAUACCCAGCAUCACCCACGAGGCAAAACCGGUCAUUGGAUGGAAGUGAACAAGGAGAUCCGUUUCGAUCCAGCGCAAUGUUUGACCCACCUGCCCCACCACCGGUGCCUAUACCGCCGAAUCCACCUUUUAUGGAAGUCGACAAUCCUACAAAAACUACUACUGAAGAACCACCUGCCAAACCGCAUCAAUGGCCGAUUAAGCGGGGAUACAUCCCAUUCCACAUAAACUCUCAAUACGACGAGAGCUAUUAUGGUCCACGAUACAGACUGCUGGCGGAAAAAGCAAUACGGGCUAUUAACAGCAUCAUGGAAGGUUGCAAAGGGCCAGAUUUUUUACGGCCUUCUGGACCGAAAGACUUGCAUCCGAUUUUGGAGAUUAUCAUAAAGGAUAGCCAGUUACAACCUGGCCAGUGUGUGCCCGAAGAUGGAUUUAGUGAGCAAAUUGGAUACGUGCCCUGGCCGAAGCCUUCCUGGGAGAAUAAAUUCAAUCCCCGAAAUCCAAAUAUUAUCCAGGCUGAUGUUCGCUCGUUCGUUCACCACAAAGAUUACGUAGUUGAAACGCUUUUUUUGCACGAGACUUUGCAUUCGGUAUUUAAUAUAAAACAUGAGCACACCAGACGGGACCGAGACCAGUAUAUCGUAACAAAAGAGGAUCGUUUGAGAUGUCAAGUUCCAGACCUUCCAACGUACUACACUAUCGAUUACACCGCAUCAAUGGCCUAUCCUUACGAUUUAGUAAGCGUAAUGGCAUCUAACUUCACGGAUAAUGCCGCAAACGAAAUAGAUCACACAAUGGAACUGCGAAGUGGCAUUCCGUCAUACUGGGAUAUUGGACCGCAGCCGUCCGGAUUAACAUUUUUUGAUGCGCAAAAAAUGUUAGAUUUUUACGGCUGCGUGAACGAGAAUCCAAUUUCCAUAAACACUACCAGAAGAACCGUCUAUCUGGCAGAUUGGAAGAUCAGCUGCACUGGAAAAAAAAUAACACUGCGGUAUAAGAAAACUGGGCGGGCUGCUGCAGAUUUUCACGCCAUGAUGAACGAAUGCCUUCAUGUUACGGAAACAGAGCAUGCAGUUCUAGCUAACCUGGACAUCGACCAUUCGAUCGGCUCCCGUGGCAUAUGCACUGUGAUUUACAAGGUUAACAGAAACGGGUGUUCCUACCAAGCAGUUGAAUCAAAGGGGCGAUUCUCGGGCAUUGUUAUGCGCACCAGUCGAGUUAUGCGAACGUUUGAAAGUAAGGCUCUGGAAAACAACUCCGUUCAGAAGUCUCUGGAACUUAAAGAUUUAAUCGCGGCGUCUUCCCAAAGCAAAGUGACAGCGGAGAACUGCCAUCAGUUGUGCCAUGUAAUGCCGGGUUUAUGCGUGGCGGCCAGUGUUGUGAAUGGACAGCAUUGCACUCUGCAUGAACAGCUGAAGGAACCCAUACAUUUCCGCCGUGACGCCCGUGCAACGACGUACAUCGUGUCGGACUGGGAAAACGACGAAAGCUAUAACCCGCUGGUCUAAGUGUUUUCUUAGCAGCUUUCACUGCAAUUCGCUUCGCAUUCCUGUUGCUUUAUCAUAAAAAAAGUCGUUUGUCAUUAACUGAAGCGCCUUCGCAAUCGAAUAUCGUUAUUUAAUUAUUCAAGAACCAUUUUUUGUGAGAAAUGCGUAAAUUACCAGUACAUACCAUAAAAGCCGAGCUGUUGUAACCGAGCUUGCUUAACUGCAGACUGCUAGCUAAAUAAUAAA